AUGGCAAAAGGCCGGUGGUCCAGGGCCGGCAAUNCUGUUGCACCGUUUCUUCUGGACAUGGCCCCUGUUAUACAUGCAGAGAAUGUUCCACGGAGACAGAGGAAAAGAACAGAAAAAGAUGCGGGUGGUGGUAUGAACGAUGAUCGUCCACCUAUCGAAGAAACUGAUGCUGAUGAUGAGGAUUUAAGAGCGCAGAUGCUGAACGAUAUCGAUGAGGAGGAUCUCCUGCAUAUGGAAAUACCACCAAAACCUGAGCCAAUUAUGAGCUCAGAUGGAACUGGACAGCGUUUAGUGAUACACAGCAUUGAAGUGGAGAACUUCAAAUCAUACUACGGAAAGCAUGUGCUUGGGCCAUUCCAUCAUAAUUUUUCGGCUAUAAUUGGUCCCAACGGCAGUGGCAAAAGCAAUGUUAUUGAUUCUCUGUUGUUUGUGUUCGGUUAUCGUGCUUCGAAGAUUCGCUCAAAGAAGAUAUCAGUAUUGAUUCACUCGUCGAAAGGCAAUCAAAAUUUGCAGAGUUGUACCGUUUGCGUCAAUUUCCAGAAAAUCGUCGACCGAGUACGUGCCGUUUUAUUCUUAUUGUACUGGAUUUUUUGUGACCCAGACGGAAAGUUCGACAUAGUGGAGGGAAGUUGCUUCAAAGUAUCACGUACGGCAUACCGGGAUAACUCCUCAAAGUAUACGUUAAAUGGUAGAACAGUUCAGUUCAAAGAUAUAGCGAGAAGAUUACGUGAAGUUGGCAUUGACCUCAUUCAUAAUCGUUUUCUUAUUCUACAGGGUGAAGUGGAGCAGAUUGCUAUGAUGAAGCCAAAGGCGGUAACAGAGAACGAUGAAGGAAUGCUGGAAUAUUUGGAGGAUAUUAUUGGGUCGAGUAGACUUAAGGUGANUGUUUUGUUGCGCGUGCCAAUUGAAAAACUCGAGAAAAAAAUUGAAUCACUCCAAGAAGAACGUUCCGGACAACUGACUCGGGUGCGUAUGGCUGAAAAGGAGAAGGACGAACUCGAAGGACCUGUCAAGGGUAUUCUGAUGGAACUUCGUAUCGAUAACGCUGUUACAUUAUGUAAAAAUCGUCUGUUGCAAAUAAAAAGAGUAGAAGCAGCUUCAUUAUUAAACACCGAAGAGGAGACCGAAAAGAAAAUGCGUGAAGAGCAAACCGAUGCGAAACAACGGCUGAAAGAGAUGCUCGAAGUACGUUCAAAUCGGAAAAAGGAACUGGACGGUCUCCAAUUAGAAGUUGAUCGAGCGCAAGAGGCGUUUGAGAAGAUCAAAAAAGAAAUAGCUGAAAACGAACAGGCUGGUGGUAAACGUAAGGCUGAGUUGAUACGGUUGAAUGAUAAAAAGAAAAAGUUAUCAGAGGACCUCAAAAAGGAAACGAAAAAGUUGGACGAUUUGGAGAGUGUACCCGCUAAAGCGAGAGCAAAAAUCGAAGAAUAUGAAAAAAUUCUGGCAGAUAUCGAUGAAGUCAUCAACGAUAAAAAGGCGGAGACAGAUGAAAAGCUCGCAGAGUUCUCAGAAAAAACGCAGGAGUUGCAAAUGCAGAAGAAAGUUGAAGAGGAGAAAUUACAUGAUCUGUCUAAGAAAGAGAAUGAAGCUGGUAGUAAGUUAGUGUUAGCACAAGAAGCGUUGCAACAACUCAGAAGUGAAGAGGAAACACAACGUAAAAAGGUUUCCGAUUUGAAAACCUCAUUGACUGAAGCAAGAGAUUCUUUGGAAAGCAAGAAAAGCGAUCUAACGAAGGCUUCCAAAGCGCUACCGAAUGUAGAAGAGGAAAUCAAGCGGACUAAAACCGAACUGGCGGCGAAGAGAGAAGAAGAAGCUGAAUCUGCUGAAAAAUUGCGGAGCAGUCGCACGAAAUUUGAGCAAAAGCGGCAGACCGUUGAGGCUUUCCGUAGUCAAAACAAUCUCCUGAACCGACUGAUGCGAGAGAAGAACAAGGGCACAAUUCCGGGAAUAUUUGGCCGACUUGGUGAUCUUGGAGCAAUCGACCAGAAGUAUGAUGUAGCAAUAUCAACAACUUGCGGUGCACUUGAUUACAUUGUCGUUGAUACGGUCGAAACAGCUCAACGUUGCGUGGAAUUGCUGAAGCGUGAAUGUCUCGCGGUGCUUCCAGCGUUUUAUUAUGCAUUACGUGAUACAUUGAUUGCCGAUGAUAUUGCGACUGCAACUCGGAUUGGUUUAGGAAGUAGGCAACGACAUCGAGUCGUUACACUGAAAGGCGAGGUUGUGGAACCGAGUGGUACAAUGACUGGUGGUGGACGUAGUGAGCAAAGAGGUCGUAUUGGACAAGAUAUUAAAGUGGAUACAACGAAGGACUCUGCUCAGCAGAUAUCUGCCCUUCAGAAAUUUGUCGAACAAGAACAAGAACGACUCACCAAUAUCAGAAGAGAUAUUCAGCAGCUUGAAACACGAUUGAACUCACUGAAAGUGGACUACGAUCGACUGAAGCGAAAUCAGCAGAACCUAACGACCGACAUUGCAUCACUGGAAGAGAAGGCAGAAGAUCUUGAAAAACGAUUACGAGAGCAGAAGAUACGAGCUAAGGGUGCUGCAGCAGAUGAAGAGGCCGUAGAAAAAGCACGGCUGAAAGUGGCUGAUCUCGAGAAAGAGCGUGAUAUUGCCUGCGAAGCAGCAGAUACGGUUCGAGAGCACGUCACGGAACUAACCGAAAAAAUUCAAGCGGUUUACGCUAGACUUGUUGAACCUUCGAAGAAACUAUUCGAUGAGGCGAUGGCUAAAAAGCAGACCGCUUCAAAGGGUAUUGCCAAGGAGAACGGUGCGGUGAGGAACGCUGAAAGAGAUUUGAAUAAAGCAAAAGCCAGUGACACUUCAGUGUUUUCGUGGAGUGUAACUAUGCAAAACUCAAAAUACAAGUCACGAGAUAUUUCGGAAUUCUUCACGAAUUUCGAGAUGUCUCGUGACUUGUUGGUGAACUACGAGGUGAUCGAGAAGAAAGAUUUGGAAGCCGAUCUAUGCGAAACGGAGAAAAAUAUCGAAAGGAUUGAAACGGAUCGUGAAAAUCAAACCCAAAAAGCAGAGGCAAUGGCACAACAAAAGUGUGAAUGCCAGGAAUGUGUUAAACAAGCUGAGAACAAACUGAAAGAAGCAUCAACGAAGUGCACGGAUUUGGACACAGAAGAGGUGGAUCUACGCAGGAAACUCAACGAUCUGUCGCAUAAACUUGAUGAUCAGACAAAUGUCGUUUCACAAGCUCGAGCCAAAGCCGACGGCAUUAAUGCUGAGCUCUCAUCGUUACAUCUUGAUUACGUACAAUGCAUCGAGCGUUUACCGGAGCAUGUAAGUGAAAUAGAAGAGGAAGAGAAUUUGGCGUUCCAAGAAGCGAUCGAAAAUGAGCGAGAAUUUAUUCGUAAACUCGCACAAGGCGAAGUCGUUGCGAAGGCCGACAAAACGGGAAUCAUAAAAUUGUAUGAAAUGCCUACUUUUUCACCCGAAGAAAUUGAAAACUUCGUCGUGAACGAUAUAAGAUUUGCAUUGACAACUCUAGAGAAGAGAAAGUCGGGUAAAACGUCUAACCUGAGUCACUUACAAGAUUACAUCGCUAAACUGGAAAGGUAUGACAGAGAAUUAGAUCGUCUGAAGGAAAUAUCAAUGAAAAAGGAUCAACAUCGUAAAUUCUGCGAGGAGUUGAAAGCGAUGCGUUUAUGUGAGUUCAUGGACGGGUUCUCGCAGAUUGGUGUUGCGCUCAAAGAGAUGUAUCAGAUGAUUACACUUGGUGGUGACGCGAGCUUGGAUCUAGUCGAUUCACUUGAUCCUUUCAGCGAAGGCGUUUCGUUUGGGGUACGUCCUCCGAAAAAGUCAUGGAAACAGAUCACAAAUUUAUCCGGUGGUGAAAAGACGUUAUCGUCACUGGCACUAGUCUUUGCCCUCCAUCAUUACCGUCCUACACCACUUUACGUUAUGGAUGAAAUCGAUGCUGCACUCGACUUCAGGAAUGUCUCUAUCAUUGCUCAUUAUGUCAAGGAUCGCACCAAAAACGCUCAGUUCAUAAUAAUUUCGUUGCGAAACAAUAUGUUCGAAUUGGGCGAUCGAUUAGUUGGCAUAUAUAAGACAUUCGAUUGUACGAAAAAUGUGCUGGUUGAAGCCUCGAAAAUUUGUGAAACAAUGCGAUGUCAGAGGGCCGUUCUUGAUGCACUCGAUGGGGCUGAUUUGAGUCAACAGGAUAGGGCAGUACUGCAACCUCCAAAGGUUGCCAAGGGCAGUAAUGGGCCAAACAAAUGUUCGCAAGCACUGGACGGACAGUGCGACGAAAAUGACGCCCCUGAGGUGGCAAGAAGGGCGAGUGAUGCUUCCACUAGUCAUCAGCAUUCAUCAGUUUCGAUACAUCCAGGUGUGACAAGCAAAAAUGACGAGGGCGGGAUUCCGCCAUUCAGAGGUGAUCGAAAAAUGCUAUCUCCAGUGCGCAAGAGACAAGUGGCUGAAUUUGUGAAAUAUACGGAUAGGACGAAAAAAUUAACAGAGCCAUUGGAGCGUCUUGAAACGGAACAAGCCAAGUCAUCCAUUUCCCCUCCUUUGAAGAAACAGCGAUCACCGCGAAAGAACUCUUCAUCACCACGUAGUAAAACUGGAUCCGAGAGUGCUGAAAGACAGCGUUCCGCAAGGAAAUCUCGUAGAGCUGCUGUUUUUGCAAAGCCUGUAAUUGAUUUGGAAACGAGUGAAGAAACUUUAGGCGACGACUCAUUGCAAACCGAAUCACGUAUGUGCUCAUCAGAUAACUCGAACUAA